AUGGUAGAUCCGGUUCUUCCAUCCGAUGGAUCUCGUUUUCAGACUGAUUUGUAUGAGAAUCCUUACUACUUGCAUCAUACGGAUCAUCCAGGCCUCGUUCUUGUUUCUGAUCGAUUGACUACAGCUGCGGAAUUUCACUCUUGGCGUCGUUCUAUGCGUAUGGCCUUGAAUGUUCGUAACAAAUUGGGCUUUGUUGAUGGUACGAUUCUUCGUCCUUCACCUGAUCAUCGUGACUAUGGUGUGUGGUCUAGGUGCAAUGAUAUUGUUGCGACGUGGUUGAUGAACUCGGUUUCCAAGAAGAUUGGACAGAGUCUAUUGUUCAUUUCCACAGCAGAGGGUAUUUGGAAUAAUCUAGUCUUGCGUUUUAAGCAGGAUGAUGCUCCUCGUGUGUAUGAUUUAGAGCAACGGUUGAGCAAGAUUGAACAAGGAGCCCUGGAUGUGUCUACAUACUAUACGGAGUUGGUCACUUUGUGGGAAGAGCAUAAGAACUAUGUGGAGUUGCCAAUCUGUACGUGUGGUCGAUGUGAGUGUGAUGCUGCUAACCUUUGGGAGAAGUUGCAACAGAGAAGUCGUGUUACGAAGUUCUUGAUGGGGUUGAAUGAAACUUAUGAGCAGUCUCGACAAGAAUUGGCUCAACAAGUUCAGCAAACUUUCUGCUAA